AGCACCGCCCGCACCCGCGCCGGGCCCCGCAGCGCCGCCGGGCGCCGGAGGACGCGGGGCAUACAGGAAAUAUCAAAAUAAAGCAGAUGUUGUGUCCUGUACUGUUAUCUCAAGGUUUUGCAAGUCAUUCUGUUACAUGCUUCUUGGCAGCAGGAAUGUAAACUAAUUCUUUCAGCACUGAACUAGAACCUUGACAAGGUUAAAAUUACAGAUUCAAAAUUGCAUAAACAUGGGUGCAUUUUUGGAUAAACCAAAAACUGAAAAACAUAAUGCUCAUGGUGCRGGGAAUGGCUUGCGUUAUGGCCUCAGCAGCAUGCAGGGGUGGAGAGUGGAAAUGGAAGAUGCUCACACAGCUGUUGUAGGUAUUCCCCAUGGCUUAGAGGACUGGUCCUUUUUUGCUGUCUAUGAUGGUCAUGCAGGAUCUCGUGUUGCAAAUUACUGCUCCUCGCACUUAUUAGAACACAUCACUAACAAUGAAGACUUUAGGGCGACAGAAAAACCUGGAUCUGCUCUUGAACCUUCAGUGGAAAAUGUCAAGAGUGGAAUCAGAACUGGCUUUUUGAAAAUUGAUGAGUAUAUGCGCAAUUUCUCAGACCUCAGAAAUGGCAUGGACAGAAGUGGCUCAACAGCAGUGGGAGUUAUGAUUUCACCUGAGCAUGUAUACUUUAUCAACUGUGGUGAUUCACGUGCUGUUCUCUAUAGGAAUGGACAAGUCUGUUUUUCAACACAGGAUCACAAACCUUGCAACCCAAGGGAGAAAGAGCGAAUCCAGAAUGCAGGAGGCAGUGUCAUGAUUCAGCGUGUUAAUGGUUCAUUGGCGGUUUCUCGAGCUCUGGGGGACUAUGACUACAAAUGUGUUGAUGGUAAAGGCCCUACAGAACAACUUGUUUCUCCAGAGCCUGAGGUGUGUGAAAUUUUAAGGGCAGAAGAAGAUGAGUUUAUCAUCCUGGCUUGUGAUGGAAUCUGGGAUGUAAUGAGCAAUGAAGAGCUCUGUGAAUUUGUAAAGUCUAGACUUGAAGURUCAGAUGACCUGGAAAAAGUGUGCAAUUGGGUAGUGGACACUUGUUUACAUAAGGGGAGUCGUGAUAACAUGAGUAUUGUAUUAGUUUGUUUUUCAAAUGCUCCUAAGGUCUCAGAGGAGGCAGUGAAAAAAGAUGCUGAGUUGGAUAAAUACUUGGAAUCACGGGUUGAAGAAAUUAUGGAAAAAUCGGGUGAAGAAGGAAUGCCUGAUCUUGCUCAUGUUAUUCGUAUUUUAACUGCAGAGAAUAUCCCUAAUUUACCACCAGGAGGUGGUUUAGCUGGCAAGCGUAAUAUUAUUGAAGCUGUGUAUAGUAGGCUGAAUCCACACAGAGACAAUGAGGGGUUUCAGGUCUUUAUGUGGUGAUCUUGUAGCCUUCAGAACUGGAUACUUUAGUUUCCAGAGAGAUUAAAAGGGAAGGAAAUUGUUCAGUUACUCAACUCUUCAGAAUGUCUACACGCAGUGAUAUUGUUGCUACACAUCUCACAUUUAAACAGGAAGCAAAGGUAGGAAGGAAACAUACAGUACAUUUGAUGAUGACGUUGCCAAGUGAGACCAAAAUCUAGCCAAUGAUGCUCCUGUUUAAACUAGUAUGAAGCAAGAACAGAUGUUCCUAUGGAAAAUGAGGAGCUAGAGACAUGGAUGCCGAGUCUGCAGUGCACAAAGGUGCACUUGACUUGCACUUGAGAAUGCUUCACCUUGUUUAGUUAACAGUGUACAUGUGUCUGCUGAGAGUGUUGUGCAGAAUACCUCUGUUACUGACUGGAAAGUGUGCCUGUGGCAGUCAUCUUCCAUCUUACAGUUGUAUAUAAGGCUAGAGCCAUUUUUAUCUUGGCAAAAUAAUAAUGCCAUUAGUUGCUAAAUUAUUAGUACAAAGGAGUAAAAAAACCCUCCAGACUACAAAAACAGCAAUCAGAUUAACUUUUGCAAUUGAGAAUAUGACUUCCUUCUAAAGAAUAUGCUUUUUAGCUUUUAACAAUUUAAAAAUASUUACUCUGAGUUCCUGUGAAGUGGAUCAUAAUAGCUUUGCAAGUUAGUUCUUAGAAAGUAUAUAAACUAAAACCAUGGUUGUAUCUCUUUCUAGGUUAGCUUUGUUUUACUCAGCACUGUAAACAUUUCAGGUAGUGUUGUGCUUAGAUUUUUUUAAAUUUUUUUUUAUUCUUUACAUGUGUAUUAUCUGAGAAUCCUUAACAUAGAGCCUAAAUAAGGAGAUGUCGUGCAGAGCAAGAGUCUAAGAAAUGAAAGAAUCCUUACUACUGCAGUAUUCGGAGAUCACUAGUCUGGUUUGUGGAUAUAGCAGUCUAAGUUUUUUCUGCUAGGAAUCUCAGCAGAUUACAAGUAUUUUAUAAAUCCAGGGCCAAAGAGAGCCCUGCACUGCGGUCACAACGAACAACUUUACCAGUGUUUGAGAUUUCUGCUAUAAAUGUGGUGGCUUGUGCCUUUACAAACAGGAGUGAAAGCACAGAAAUCUCUUAUGUGUUGGGCCCUGAUGUUUUCAGAUCUUUAAAGGGAAUUUGAAAGAAUGUAUUUAUAGCUAAAUAAUUGUUACACUGUGAUGUUACAAUACUGCUGAAGAGUUGUACUACUUACUGUGUUAAAGCACUGCUCCUUCUCUAUGACUCUACUUCUCUGACUUUUAAAAUUUUGAUGUGUUCCUAAGACUGAGAGACUACUACCCAAUUAGACUACUUCACUAUAUGUAUGUAUCCUUAAACACAAGGAACAAUGUGAAAAUUAGUGGCUCUGUUAAUAGUUCCAGUGGCGUUUGUUUAAAGCUGCCUUUGAGCAUCUUAUUUGAAAUCAAUCAUAUUUCUCUUUUGCUUUUAUAAUACAUUCUGGCAGUUAGCUGAACCAAAUAAUAUGUCAUUAAGGGCUGCUACACAUAAUUUAAAAGAUGUAAAUGGACACAACUCAUACACCCUUCUCACAAUAUUGUAAAUCCUGACUUUAAUAUGUAGCAGCCCUUUUCAUACACUUAGUUUAAUAGCACAAAACUUGUGUAAAAAUUGUGAAUGCUCAUGUUGAAUAUAGGUAGCACAACCUUAUUCUUGUUUUUAUGGUCAGUAGCACUUACGUUGAAUUGAAAUGUGAAAGAAGACAAAUCCUACCUUGCACAAUAACCACAGUUUUCAAGGACCUGUUCUAGCCACACAUCUUGAGUGAGAAAUCUCUGUCUAUAUGAAGAAGCAGUUGGUGUCCUACUGUCUGUGGGGUUUCUUGUCUAUUAGCACGGAGAGGCACAGGGGAAGCACAAAAUAGCCGAUAAAAUAGGGUGCGACACAAAGCAGGAUGUGAGUUUGAAUAUCAAAUACUAACAGCACUGCUCAUUCAGCUCCUACCAGCAUUUGRAUUGCUUAGUAGUCUCAGGGCUGCUAUUAUAUUGCUUAUUGCUUUUACUCUUCACUGUUGCAUGCAGCAAAAUUAUUCUCUGCCAA